GGCGACGUAGCCACUAUUCGAGAUAAAACUGAACUAAGUGAUGUGGAAUUCGUUGUCUCACAGCUCAGCGAAAAAGACAUCAAGUUUUGGAUCGGACUUCAGCUACAAAAGGAGGAAUGUGUCCAACUCUAUCGGCGAUGAGACCGUCAACUGUAAGUUACACUGUCCCCUUUUCGACCUCUCCUUUUAAUCAAGACAGUGGCUUUCUUCGUUGGCCCCAUGGGACAUACGCUGAGGUAUUAUGUGAUUCCAGUCAGUCUGCUUAUACGUUUUGUCAAGAGAAAGACGGUGUUUUUGCAUGGACACCCCCGGGUCCGUUCUGCAAUGAUCGGAAAACAAGCUGUGAGAACGGGAGAAGAGGAUGUGAACAUUUUUGUGUUGCAGAUGAAACAGGAGUUCACUGUGGGUGCAAUGACGGGUACCAACUGGGUGAUGAUGGAAUCUCAUGCAUCCUUAAAAAUGAAUGUCUGUCUGCACCAUGUAAAUACAACUGCCUCACUAAAUCAUCGGGAUUCGUGUGUCUCUGCCCAGAUGGAUUCCAAUUGGCAGCCGAUCAGAUCAGCUGUGAUGAUGUCGAUGAGUGUACGGUGGCAGAUCCAUGCGGUGAGCACAUAUGCCGUAACACCAAUGGAGGUUACACCUGUCAGUGUAGAGAGGGCUUUAUCUCAGCGGAUGGACAGUGUCAAGAUGUCGACGAGUGUACGGAAUCAAGAUGCCAGCAAGGUUGCCUGAACUCUUUAGGGUCCUUCUCCUGUUACUGUUCCGCAGGGUUCAAGUCAUCGGACGGGGGUUUGUCAUGUGUUGACAUUGACGAAUGUCUCGAUCUGAAGACAAAUCGUUGUGAAGAUGAAUGCAGAAAUACUGUGGGGAGUUAUAUGUGCUCUUGCAGACCAAAUUUUAAAUUGGCGGAUAAUGGAAUAACUUGCAUCCCAGACAAAUCUGGAGUUUCCAGUGAGCAUAUGCCACCAUACCCCAAGGUCACACAGAGUCCAUUUCAAGUGCCACAGGUUACAACCGACCCAGUGGUUACUUCCUCACCUACCUCUAUUUCCAAAAGUUCAUCCAACCACUCCAUUACGCACGCGCCAUUUGGAGAUCUUAGCAACAGCAGUGACUCUGUAUAUAAAGCGCCAGUCAUUAAUUCGUGGGUGCUGGUCUGUGUUUUAGCAUCAGUCAUACCGCUAAUCAUGUUAAUUUUUCUGACUGCUGUCAUUGUCAUUUACCGUUGUAAUCGUUCUAAGAGCCAUAAGAAGAAGCCAAGCCCAACGGCAGACAGUUAUUGUUGGGUGUCCUCAGGUCUUGGACCAACGCCAGAGAAAAUACAUGAAAUGACAUGAAUGUUCAACAGCAACACGUUGAUUUAGGGACAGUGUACUGUGUACAUGUGUUUGGUAAUGUAAGUGUGAAAAACAUAAGUGUUUAGCCUUGAUUCUUUGGUGUGGCUGUGCACCUGCCCUCAAUGCACAAGAAUGCGCUUUGAAUUAAAACUACCGAGUUUUUUUUGUUACUGCAACUCUUGUACUUAUUUAUACCACAAACAUGUUGAUGAUAUUCUGGAAUUCUUAUAAGGUGUAUCUUUGACAUAAACACUGAAUAAAACAGAGUCUCUAGGCUAAUUAAUUAAU